UGUUCUAUCUGGUCAGUUAUCCUUCCUCUUUUCCUUGGUCUGUCUGGUCAGUUAUCCUUCCUCUUUUCCUUGGUCUGCCUGGUCAGUUAUCCUUCCUCUUUUCCUUGGUCUGUCUGGUCAGUUAUCCUUCCUCUUUUCCUUGGUCUGUCUGGUCAGUUAUCCUUUCUCUUUUCCUUGGUCUGUCUGGUCAGUUAUCCUUUCUCUUUUCCUUGGUCUGUCUGGUCAGUUAUCCUUUCUCUUUUCCUUGGUCUGUCUGGUCAGUUAUCCUUUCUCUUUUCCUUGGUCUGUCUGGUCAGUUAUCCUUUCUCUUUUCCUUGUUCUAUCUGGUUUAUUAUCUUUUCUCCUUUUCUUCGUCUGUCUGGUCAGUUAUCCUUUCUCCUUUUCUUCGUCUGCCUGGUCAGUUUUCCUUUUUCCUUUCCUUGUUCUACCUGGUUUAUUAUCUUUUUCUCCUUUUCGUCGUCUGUCUGGUUUGUUAGCCACUUCAUCAUUUUAUUUUUCAUUCAUUCAUCUUGCUUUAUUUUUUUCUUCUAUCCUGUUUUAUUCUUUUCUCCUUUUCUUGUUUCUUCGUUUCUUUUUAUUCUUUACUUGAUUUAUCUCUAGUUUGUUAUCCCUGCUCUUUUCCUUACCCCUCACCAAAUCAUUUACCUCCCCAUCACCUCGGCUCACUCCCUUCACCCUUCCCUACACACACACACACACACACACACACACAUACAGCCUCCUCAACAACCCUCAUCUUACUCUCUCCCCCAAUAGCCUUCCUUCCCCGUAUCUUACCCUCCCUCGCUCUCACUAAAACUGCCAGCACUGCGCAAUCAUAGUGAAUCUCCAGACAUAUCCAUUGUGCGUGCGGGGGGGGAAGGGAGGGGGGUCUGACGGCUCGCGCAAAUGAUUGGGAGAGCGUUCGGCGGUGUGUGAUAUCUCGCCGCUUGCACAAUCCCGAGUGAUGGCGUGUGGCCAUGAUUGCGCAAACGGCUUCAGUCGGGGAGCGGCAGCCAUGGAGAGUGCACGAGGGACGCAGGAGUUUUGGAGGGAGUUUAUCGAGCUCUACCGGCUAUUACCAGCGCUGUGGAAGGUGAAAAGCAACGAGUACAGAAACAGAGCGCUCAAAGGGGAUUGUUAUCGUAUAUUGGUGGAGAAAUUACAAGAAAUAGACCCCAGUGCGACCCGGGAGACGGUGACGAAGAAGAUUAACGCGUUCCGCUCCAACUACCGAAGAGAGCUGAAGAAAGUGAUCGCCAGUGAGAGACCAGGAGCUCCUGGGACAGCCGGCGUUUACAGACCUUCCUUGUGGUACUUCAAUGAUCUCGCGUUCCUUCGAGAUCAGGAAGUACAGGAGGAUGGCGGAGUCCCAAGUUGUGGCGAUGAGGGGGAGCCGAGGAAAAGACGUGAAGGAUCAGUGGAUGGUUCAGCACCGAACACAUCCUGCGCUGACCGAGCUGACGUGUGUGAUAACCCACAGAAGAUGGCAGCACUCCCGCCAAACAAGAGAAUGAGGACGGAUAUAGAUAGUAGACUUGCUGAACAAUUGUUACUGGCAAGCAAUUUUCAACGAAGAGACGACGCCGUUGAUGUGCUAGCAAGGAGCUGGGCUCAAGAAUUUAUGAACAUGAAAGCCGAUCAACAACUUUUCGCAAGGAAGGCAAUAAAUGACAUACUUUUCGAGGGUCGGCUAGGGACCUUACACCGUCACUCUGUUAAGAUUAACGAAGGCAGUACUUAACAAACUAGGACCUCCGCAUACAGCUCUAUUUUUUACCUGGCAUUACUAGUGCGUUUGAUAACACAACCGCCCGUCUCUUGCAGGGUUGUCUCUUGAUUCGGGAUGGUGUGGGUUACGUCAGCGAACGGUGCGAUGUACCGAUCACACAUGUAUACAUUUUUUUUCCAUGCCAUGUAUGAACAAAAUAUUUUUUUUCAAGUAAAUGAAUCACGUACCUAACAAUGAGUGUUGCUUUCUAAUUCACAGUAUAUGUUCCAUCCCUUUUCUGCCAACUGCCUUGUUGAUAGUUCCUCUAGUUAUGGAAAUAAUUUUCAUUACCUUGCUAACAUUGUAUGUGGAAUAUUGUACUUGUUAAUAUAUAUCUGAUUAUAUCAUAAGUGGUA